AUGGAUGCGACACUUGCCAGGGCAGACCACCCCGCUGCCUUGUUACCGCAGCUGGCGCCAGACGAGCGGACUUGUCGACCCUGUUGCCAUGGCCGAGCCGAGCAGGGACGGCAUUCGGAACCAGACUCGAGAAAAUGUGCCCUUCCAUUGUCACUGCAGGGCCAUCGACCUCGUUCUCUGCCGUAA